AUGAUACUAUGCAUCGGUAUUGUUGCAGCUGAUUAUAUUGCCUCUUUCUUCGGUCAUUAUUUUCUCACUCAGAACUAUUACCAAAUGGUUUUCAAUCUUGGAAUAGAUUUUAAUGUAUUCAUCACUCCUAUCUCAGUAAUAGCAUUAACGACUGAUGUGCGAAAAAGGAUAUUCGGUUCAAAAAAGCCAAAAGCGUCAACGUCUGCCAAUAUGGCAACUAUAUAUUCGAAUAAGAGAAAAGCUGUUUCAAACAACCGUUUUUGA